AUGAAACUAAAACUAAGUAUUCAAGCAGGUACUGAGGACUACUCAUUGUUCAGGACAACGUUGAUAACGGUGUCCAAACUACGAAAAACAUGUAUUUUAAGAUUUACCUCUUCUAGGCUGGUCAUUAUAUCAACACCAAACAGUACAGGAACGGUCAUAGAUCAGGGUCAAGUUUGGUGCACAGUCCCACACGAUGUGUUUGACACAUAUGUAGUUAAUUCAAUUCGAGAAGAUAAUAGAGUCGCCAUGGAGUGCCCCUGUGAUACUAUUGUCGGCGUGCUGCGGAAAUUCGAUAAAUGCAACGCAACUCAAUUGACCAUCAAAUUGGUAAGAUUGGUAACUGUUGACAAGGAAAGUGAAGCAGCUGCAGCUGCUCACAAUACAGACAAUACACUCUGCGGAUUAAGCUUUUCAUUUCAAGAUACACGAGAUGAAAGGACGAUACAGCAUAAUAUUAAGGUCGGCGUCAAAUUACUGUACAAUGCUCAAGACGAGAAGAUAGUAGAACCAACAGUUAAUUAUGUGGGGAUUUUGAUGUUACAACUUCCGAGUCACGUAAGUGAAUGGGGUCCAGGUUUUAAUGCGUUUUUUAAGCGAAUAGAACGAUACGGAAAUGUCAAUACACUCAAGAUACAUGGCGAACAAUUGGGCGAAAAGGGUUCACUGAAGGUAAUUGUUGAUGAAUUUGACUGGAAACUUAACAUCGCAUGGAAAGGCCCGUUAGAUGCAAUGCUCAAUGAUAUGGAAGGUGAUGAUUCACACUCUGAUCCAAGAGAUGAUACGCUUCGACACAACGGUGAGACAAAUGCAGAGUCAUCCCCAUCACCGGUAGCAUGCAAUGAAAUGCAUAUUGAGGACAGUGAUGUCUUGGACACUGGUAUACACGGAAAAUCCAUUGAUCGACAUUCAACAAUGCUAGAAAACGCUUCUGCUAGGCAAUCACAAGACAAGUUGAAAGGUCACGAGGUUAUAGUAAGGGUUCGUGAUUGGAAAGUUUGUUCUAAACUUUAUGAAUCAUUUGAAGAAGUCGUUCUAGUGAUAUCACACGAUGACUCUUGUGUUUUCCAUUGCUCUUUGGAAAGAGGCAUUGACAGAGAUGAAAACAAUAAGGAGAAGGGUCAAAUUAUUUAUUACAUAAGUAAAUGUAAAUCGUUAAACUGA